AUGGAUAAACAUGGAUUUCUUUAUGUUUCUGAUACUCAGAAGAAUGAAGUGAGACGAUGGAAAAUGGGUGAUUAUAACAAUGAAGGAAUUCUAGUGGCAGGUGGAAAUGGAAUAGGAGAUCAGCUUAAUCAACUCAAUGAGUCUACUUUUUUGUUUGUUGAUGAAGAUCAAUCUGUUUAUGUAUCAGAUAGCAACAAUCAUCGUGUAAUGAAAUGGAAAACAGGUGCAAAAGAAGGAACAAUUGUGGCUGGAGGAAAUAAAAAAGGAAGAAAUCUUAAUCAAUUAUCUUCAGCUCAAGGAAUCAUUGUUGACGAUUUGGGUCAAAUCUAUGUGGCAGAUUGGGGGAAUAAUCGAGUAAUGCGUUGGUGUGAAGGGAAAGAAGAAGGUGAAAUUGUUGUUGGUGGAAAUGGUCAAGAAAAUCAAUUGAAUGGUCCUGUGGGUUUAUCUUUUGAUGAUGAAAGAAAUCUUUAUGUUUCUAAUAUGGAAAAUCAUCGAAUUGUAAAGUUUGAAAUAAUAUUGUAA